GCCUGCCCAAGUAACUGUACCUGUACUAAAUCAACAGCUUUAUCAAAAUCAACAAUGGUAGACUGUUCAUUUGGAUUAUUAACUGAGUUACCGCUAUUCAUGCCCCGUGGUGACUUGCACAUAGAUCUUUCAUUCAAUUCCAUUUCUAUGCUGGAUGAUAGAGACUAUUUGAUCAGAGCAAUGGGUUUUAAUAUUAGUAAUAAUGAAAUAUCACACGUUAAUUCUGGAGCCGUGACACUUCUACAGAACGUGGUAUAUCUUGAUUUAAGCUUUAAUCAGUUAUCGGCCAUCCCUCAAUCCUUUGAGGACACUUUAUUUAACAAGACGGCAUCAAUAGUUCUCUCAGGAAAUAAGUGGAAGUGUUCCUGUGACAAUGUGUGGAUGGGAGAAUGGUUUCAUACCAACAGUCAUUUAAUAUCC